AUGAUCGAAAAACAUGGUUUAGAUAAGUCCCCAGAACGUUCGAAAUCUCAAGAAAGACUGAAUGUAACUCCUCCUGAAGCAGAAGGAGAGCAGCCAGCUGAGCAACCUCCGAAACCAGCAAAAGAAGAAAAACAAAAAGCAAAUCCAGAAAAAGAAGUUCAAGAUCCAUUCACACAAUCAUGGGUUGCAUAUUACAAGACAUCGUGGUUUGUGUUAAUUGCAUUUUUAGUCUUUAUUUUAUCGAAUAGAAAAUUUCAGACUGCAAACACUUCAUUGAUUGAUACAACAAGAGAAGCUGUCGAUUGCAACAAUAUCAGAUUACUUUCCAUAUCUACAAAUGAUAAUAAAAUAUUCGUAAAUCUCGAAAUUGAAGAAUUUAUUGAAUAUCCUCGAAUCAUCGCUCCAUCUUUAAUUCAUAUAAAUAUCGAAACUCCUAUUUCGACUGCGACAUACACCAAUAAACAAUUUUGGGAUUUGAACGAGUCUUAUCCAAAUAUUUCAUUUUGUAUCCUUCAAACGGUAAGUGGUAUUGCAAAAGCUAGCGUAUACUGCCAGAAGCAUCUACUUGGAGAAAGCGAAGUCAAUAUACCAACAGUUAAAGUAUUUCCAAUGGGUUGGAGCAGAAUUGUUUCAAAUUCUCAGUUUCCUGCUGUUUUAAGCGACUUUUGUGUAGAUGAGAACGAAGAUAUCAUAUUCUUGUCCCCGCCAGCCAUGGAAUUACGUCCAAUUCAGGUUGGAGCUUCAGAUUUCAUUUCAAUCCAAACAAAUCAUACAUCAUUACCCGCAUUUCUCUCAGAAAACAAGAACUACGAACUUGUUGACGAGCCAGUCGUAUUCGCUGCAUCGUCAACAUCCGAAAAAUGGAUGUUAUUAUUCGAUUAUCUCCUUCCCGUUUGGUACAACGCGUUCACGGGUAUUGAAGAUCAGCCUGUUAAGAUCAGGACUCUCAGAUUCAAUAACGAAACAAAGGAAACGUUUGCAAGAAUUGCAGGAGAUAAAUUAUUAAUCAAUAAACCACAAUGUUACAGGCUCGGAAGGUUCCUAAACAACCAGGGUUCGCAUGCUUAUAACCAACCGUACUUUGAUAUCGAUGAUAUGGACGGAAUGAUCGCUAAAUACGAACAAGUUAUGAGAUAUCCAGGUGGAGUGUUCCGUUCUUUCAGAGAUCGCUACUCCCAUUCGGAAUUUAAGAAGAAGAGGAUCAUCCUUGACAAGCAUUUCAUGAACCAAUUCAAUAGUACGAUUUCGGAAUUAUAUCCUGAUGCAGAAAUCAUUCCUUUGGUGCUUGACCAGCCUAUGUAUAAGAUCGCUGAUGAGAUUCAUAGCGCAAAUAUCUUCAUGGCCAGUCAUUUAACAACAGUUUGCCUCGGAAUCUUUUUAUCUGAACGGGCAACACUGAUUGAGGCCAGACCUAUGGAUGCAGAGUGUUAUACAUUUGGUGGAGAUAUAGUUAAACAUACAGGAGUUAACUAUAUUCCUAUUGGAAUCAAAGAACUUUGCGCAUGCAAUAAUUUGAAGGAAUAUUUCUCACUUCCUUACUUGUAUCAGCAGUUAACAAAGCAGAUGAUUAAGGACGCAAUAGAUAACGGCUUUGAAUACGCUGAUAGAUUUCAAUAA